AUGUCCCUUCGUGAGCGAAGACAAAGACGACGGGUACAGACGACUGGACGAUCUAGAAAACACGGUAAAAAAGUAUUUGAAAUCGAACAGUUCGGCCUCGAAGCCACCACGCGAAAGACGGCCAAAGGCUGGGAGACUGGUCUUCUUUGGAAAGAGGGUCUAAUGCCGCAACUCAACAGCAGGGCCACCGCGCUUAAAAGACUUUACUCGUUCGAAAAGAAGCUUGAUCGGAACCCCGAAUUUGCUGCACUUUACUAUCGAGAGAUGAAUCGUUUAUUCGAAAAUGGGUACGCGGUAAAAGUUUCCGGAAACGUGAAAAGACCGCGCGAGUGGUUCGUACCACAUUUUGGCGUGCAGAACACAAACAAACCUGAGAAAGUACGACUAGUUUUCGAUGCCGCAUGCCCAACGAAAGGCAUCUCUCUUAACUGUUUACUCGAGACCGACCCAGACUUACUAGAAUCAUUGGUCGCUGUUCUUUUACGUUUCCGUCAGUUCCCAAUCGCGGUUAAAGCAGACAUAUCAGAUAUGUACUUGCGAAUUAGCGUGGUAGAGAGAGACCGCGGCGCGCAAAGAUUCCUCUGGAGAGGAGUGGAUCGUAAUCGCGAACCCGACGUAUACGAGAACACCAGUUUAGUUUUCGGCUCGAAAUCGUCUCCUUGCAGCGCGAUUUAUAUAAAAAAUAAGAACGCUGAAAUAUUCGCGAAAGAAAAACCUGAACCCGCGCAUCAUAUCGUUAAAAGCAGUUACAUGGACGAUUUUCUUGCAUCGGGAACUUCGGUAGAACAAAUGCAACGGCUAGUAAACGACGUCAUACGCAUAAAUAGCAAUGCAAACUUCAACAUGCACGGUUGGGCCUCAAACGACGACCGCGUCGUGGACCAGGUAUGCGAGGAGAAAAAAUUAGAAAGGGUGACCGAAGCCAUUCUGUGCGACAUUGAAGACCGUAUAUUAGGCUUAUUCUGGGACCGAAUUAAAGACGUACUUCGCUUCAACGUAGGCGCCGGGAAAAUUCGCCCAGAAUUAUUGCAGGGAGACAAAAAACCUACGAAACGUGAACUAUUUAGCAUAGUUAUGUCUGUGUACGACCCGCUUGGGAUUCUCGCGCAGUUCAUCGUUCAAGCAAAAUUUAUCGUACAAGAUCUUUGGAUCAGUGGCGUGAAAUGGGAUUCGCAGAUUCGCGACGAAGAAUUUAAGGAUUGGGUAGUUUGGUUAAAUAAUUUAAUCGCGAUGAAAAGGGUCGAAGUCCCGCGUUGUUAUCUAGCAGGCAUGUUUGACUACUCCAGGACGCAGUUACAUGUAUUUUGCGAUGCUAGCUCGCGUGCAAGCGCUGUGGUCGCGUAUUUGCGAACGGAGACGAACAAAGGCACGCACCUUGCGAUAAUUAUGUCAAAAACACAAGUAGCAACGACGAAAAAGCGCAUGACGAUACCGCGUUUAGAACUACAGGCAGCGUUGCUCGGAGCAAAACUUGCUGUCACGAUUCAGAAAGAGCUUGACAUCAAAAUUGAGGAACGAGUUUUCUGGUCAGAUUCGACCACUGUCUUGCACUGGAUUCGCGCGGGUCCCCACGGGAAACAAAUUUUCGUUGCAAAUCGGCUAGAACAGAUCAGCGAGCGUUCGCGUUCGGAAGAGUGGCGAUGGGUACCCACGAAGAUGAACUCCGCCGAUGAUGCGACUAGGAGAUUGUCGAAGCCCAUGCAGUCCGACGAUCGGUGGCUCAUAGGCCUGAAUUACCUACUCAAGCGAGCUGACACGUGGCCUACCCAAAAGGCGUUAGAUCAGCUAGAGAAACGCGCGAAUGACGAACUGGAAGCUCGCAAGGAAUUCGUCGGGACAUUCAUGUUCGACAUACCGGAUAAAUGGAACGCUUUGAAUACGAAGGAUAGAGUACUCGGUUGGUCCAUAUUGCUAAAGGUAGCCGCGAACGUUCGAAAGUAUUUUUACAUCUGGCACGAUACCGCGUUGAACAAGCCAGUGGAAUGGAAAGCUCACGCGAAAGCAGCUAGACGGGAUGCGCUAGGAAAGAAACGCGAAAGAGUAAUAACGAUACCGCCGCAUAGAAAAAUAGAGUCCGAUGUCGAUAGAAGAACGGAAUCGGAAAAGGUCUGGUAUCGCGUAAUUCAAACGUCAUGUUUCUUACACGAACUAAAUUUAAUAAAGAAAGGAAAAGCAAUACCACUCGAGAGCAAACUGAUAACUCUCAAUCCGUUUAUUGACAACGAUGGUUUAUUGCGGACAAAAGGGCGUGUUUUAAAAAUAACGAAUGAUAAAAACGAGGAGAUAGACAUAGAACUCCACCCGAUAAUUCUGGACGCUAAUCACUUCACGACUAAAUUACUGAUUUACGGGUAUCAUCGGCGAUAUAAUCAUGCAAACGAUCAAACCGUCAUAAAUGAAUUGCGACAACAAUUUUAUAUCGUGAGGCUUAGAACAACGUUGCGAUCGCUCGCGCAAAAAUGUGUAAUAUGCCGGAAACAGCGUGGGAAAGCUGUGAACCCUCCGAUGGCCGCGCUACCAGCGUGUCGCGUAGCUUAUCGCCGAUUAAUCUUUCUUCAUUGUGGUAUAGACUACUUUGGGCCGAUGGUUAUUAAAGUCGGACGCCGCCGCGAAAAACGCUGGGGGGUAUUGUUCACGUGCAUGACAACGCGAGCGAUACACAUAGAGCUAGCCGAAUCAUUAAACGCGGAUUCGGCCAUACGAGCGCUGACUCGGUUUGCAAAGCGACGAGGGUUUCCGCGACAUCUAUACAGCGACAACGGGACAAAUUUCGUUAAAGCGAGCAAAGAGCUUAAAGACGCCAUCGAAAUCAUGACGAAGAAAGACACGGGUCAAGUGAACAAGAAAAAACGAUUCGCAAAAGAAAAUCGGUUCGAAUGGCAUUUUAAUCCGCCGACCGCGUCUCACAUGGGGGGAGCGUGGGAACGUUUGAUAAGGUCAGUCAAAAACGCGCUGCAUCAUGCGCUGGACUACUCGGUAAACGAUCCGCAAGAGAUUAAACCCGCCCCCACCGGAGAAGUACUGCAUACGCUUUUAAUAGAAAUCGAGCACAUGGUGAACUCGCGGCCGCUGACGCUUGUAUCCGUAGAUCCGUGA